GAUAUCAUCAGAUCCCUCUCUAUGCCCCGGAUCAAGAAAANGGGAACACAGGCAAAGGAGGGAAUGAUUCCACAAGCUAAUAGAGAUCAUGAGAUUGAGGUUGUUGCAGCAUCUUCUCCCAAUAUUGCAAUGAUGGAGAGAGCAAGCUCUCCUGGAACUUCAUUUUCAGGGGAAAUCCAGGUGGAGGAUGAAGGAAGCUCCAAUUGGGAGAUGGCUUUUGGUCUUGAAUCUCCAGGGGAUUGGAAUAAACUUGGUUGGAUUUGA